GUUCAAUUUUAAACCUGCAAGUUUCAACCGCAAUUCCAAUAUGUUUUCGAUACUAUUAUUGGUCGCCUCGCUAUUGACAUUGGCGUGGUUCUACUUGAAGCACCACUAUGAUUACUGGCAGCGUCGCGGGAUGCCAGUCUAUGAGCCGUCCGGAAUUCCGUUCGGUUGCCUGGACUCUGUGUGGCGGCAGGAGAGGAGCAUGGGGUUGGCCAUCCACGAUGUGUACUUGAGGACUAAGGAAAAGGUGGUCGGCAUUUACCUGCUCUUCCGUCCGGGUGUGUUGAUCCGGGACGCUGCUCUAGUACGCCGUGUGCUCACCCAAGACUUUGCCAGCUUUCACGAUCGCGGAGUGUAUGUGGAUGAAACGAAUGACCCCUUGAGUGCCAAUUUAUUCUCGCUACAAGGUCAGAGUUGGCGUUCCAUGCGCCAUAUGUUGUCGCCGUGCUUUACAUCCGGAAAACUAAAGGCCAUGUAUAGCACAUCCGAAGACAUUGGCGAUAAGAUGGUCUCUCACCUUCAAAAGGUUCUACCGGAGGAGGGAUCCCAGGAGGUGGACCUCAAAAAAGUUAUGCAAAACUACGCUGUUGAUAUCAUUGCCUCAACAAUUUUUGGAUUGGACGUUAACAGUUUCGAUCAUCCGGAUAACAAAUUCAACAAUUUGGUUGCUAUAGCUCGAAAGAAUAACCGGUUUACGGCACUUUUUGGCAUGAUGAUAUUCCUGGUGCCUUCAAUCGCGCAAUUCCUUUUUAAAGUGGGCCUCAAAAACCCCGUCGGUCUCGCCAUGCUGGAAAUCGUCAAGGAAACUAUUGAGCACAGGGAAAAGCACGGAAUUGUUCGAAAGGAUAUGCUCCAGUUGCUAAUGAAUUUCAGAAACACUGGAAAAAUAGAAGAGAAUGACGAGAAAUGUUUCAGCAUUCAAAAAUCCCCCGAAGGUCAUAUCAAGGCCAUUUCGUUGGAGGCUAUUACCGCCCAGGCCUUUAUUUUUUAUAUUGCUGGCCAGGAGACAACAGGGUCAACAGCAGCUUUUACCAUUUACGAGUUGGCCCAGUACCCUGAACACCUGAAACGCCUGCAGGCGGAGGUGGACGAGACUUUGGCCAAGAACGAUGGAAAGAUUACCUAUGACGCGCUCCAUAAGAUGGAGUUCCUAGAGUUGUGCGUCCAGGAAACCCUUCGAAAGUAUCCUGGUCUACCCAUGUUGAACCGCGAAUGCACUCAGGACUACACCGUGCCUGAAACUAAUCACGUCAUCCCGAAAGGCACUCCUAUUGUUAUAUCUCUAUAUGGUCUUCACCGGGAUGAAGAGUUCUUUCCGAAUCCGGAAACCUACGAUCCCAAUCGUUUCACGGAGGAGAGUCACAAUUACAAUCCCACUGCAUUUAUGCCAUUUGGUGAAGGUCCAAGAAUUUGCAUUGCCCAGCGAAUGGGGCGCAUGAAUUCCAAGCUGGCCAUUAUCAAGAUCCUGCAGAACUUCAACGUGGAAGUGAUGAGUAAGCGAGAGCUGGAAUUCGAAACCCAUGGCAUAGCCUUGAUGCCCAAACACGGAGUCAAAGUGCGUCUGUCGAAACGAAUUCCCAAAAUGGCGUAAAUUAUAAUGGGUGAUAAAAACCGUGCUCUUUAAACGUAUAGAAAAUAAUUAAAAAUCUAAAAGAGUAGGUAUAAAAAAAGUUUAAAUCUAAUCUAAUACACAGUGUAAAGAAAUAAUAAGUGCAAUGAAAAGUGUUUAAAAUAUUCUUUAAGUUUGAAACUGUAACAGGUAUAUACGAAAAAAAAUA